CCACGCCCUGCAUUUAAAACACGUAUAGCUCCACCUUAACUACCUCUCCUUCCACACAAAAUCCAUUCAUGGCGGUGAUCGUUCCACUCUCGGGCUCAGUUGAAAAUCGCACGUCCUUUCUCCUCUCCUCCAAUUCGUAGAGAUCGAAACUCGAUUGGCCACGUUUAACCAUGAUCAGAACUAAAUUACGUUGAUAAUUUGUUAUAAAGGUCCAUUGAGUAGUUGGUAUUGGGUUAAAAUUAGAAAACAAAAUGAGUUACAGAGCGAGGUUUGGUAAAGAUAAUAGCGCCUGUGAUAGCGGAAAUCCUGCUGAAGGUUCCGGUUCAAGUAAAGGACCUGAUGAAGUAUCCAAUGAUUUUGAUCAUGAAAUUGCUCAACUCACUAAGCAUCGAUCAAGACCCCACCGACUUUUGAGCGGGGAUAUGGCUGGGAAGUUGAGGUUACCGGUUUCAACGAUGAAAAUGCUGGCCGGUCGUGAAAGUAAUUAUUCAGGGCGGGGAAGAUUCUCGUUGGCAGAUUGUUGCCAUGUUUUGAGCCGGUAUCUGCCCAUAAAUGGUCCUUGGGGGGUGGACCAGUCCGGAAGUCCUGCUUAUGUUUCUCAAUUUUCGAAUGAUGGUUUGUUUUUUGUUGCUGGAUUUCAGGGAGGCCAUAUUAGAAUAUAUAAUGUUGAAAAGGGAUGGAAGGUUCAGAAGGAUAUCCUGACCAAAAGCUUGAGAUGGACUAUUACCGAUACAUCUCUAUCACCGGACCAACGUUAUCUUGUUUAUGCUAGCAUGACACCGGUUGUCAAUAUUGUGAAUGUGGGAUCUUCUAUGACGGAGUCACUUGCAAAUGUUACGGAAAUUCAUGAAGGUCUGGAUUUUUCUAUUGAAGGCGAUGAGGAUGAAUUUGAAAUUUUCUCAGUUAAAUUUUCAACUGAUGGGCGAGAGCUUGUUGCUGCAAGUAGUGAUGCUUCAAUAUAUGUUUAUGAUCUCCAAGCAAAUAAAGUUAGCCUCCGAAUACCAGCUCACCAGUCUGAUGUAAACACUGUGUGCUUUGCUGAUGAGACCGGCCAUCUCAUAUAUUCUGGCAGUGACGACAACCUCUGUAAGGUGUGGGACAGACGCUGCUUAAUGACGAACGGACAAGCAUCUGGGGUCCUGAUGGGACAUCUUGAAGGCAUUACAUUUAUCGAUAGCCGGGGAGACGGGCGUUACUUAAUAUCAAACGGGAAGGACCAGACAACCAAACUCUGGGAUAUAAGAAAGAUGUCCUCUAGAGCUAUCUACCCUAGGCUUACAGAUUGUGACUGGGAUUACAGAUGGAUGAAGUACCCAGCUCAUGCAAGAACUCUGAAACAUCCAAAUGAUCAGUCAUUGGCUACAUAUAGAGGCCAUUCAGUCCUGCGCACUUUAAUUCGCUGUUACUUUUCUCCAGCAUAUAGUACUGGACAAAAGUAUAUCUAUACUGGCUCAAGUGAUCAUUCCGUCUAUAUAUAUGAUCUGGUAACCGGAGCUCAAGUUGCGAAACUAGAUCAUCAUGAAGGACCUGUAAGAGACUGUAGUUGGCAUCCUCUGUAUCCCAUUUUGGUCAGCUCUUCUUGGGACGGGACCGUCGCCCGAUGGGAAUUUCCUGGUGAUGACCAAGUUCGCACCCUCGUGAGGCCGAAAAUACGCCGGAGGAGAGGCUUCUAUUGAACAAGGCUCAUUGUUUUGCGCUUCACAAGAUGAUUUGGUAUUAUGUUGGUUCAUGAUUUUCGUACCUUCUCUGAAGUUAUACUGCUUUUUUUAAACAACUUUUGCAGUAAUUACAGAGAAAUUAUAAAGUUUAAAUUGGUUCCUGGCAGCUUUGUAACAGCUGUCCGCAUGUAAAAUAUGUAAUUUUAUGUAUUUAAAAUCGAAUUAUUGUAUAAAGUUUCACUAUUGUUCAAAUAAUGUAUUUCAAAUAUUCAUUCCAA